AUGAGCGACGUACACAGCGUGGAAGAGCUUCGAAAGCUCCUUCUGCAGGCACAACUACGCGCUGAAAAAGCGGAAAGAGAACGUCAGCAAGAACGGGACCGAGCCGAGAGGGAACAGCAACGCGCUGAAGAAGCAGAAAGAGAGCGUCAGCAAGAACAGGACCGAGCCGAGAGGGAACAGCAACGCGCUGAAGAAGCAGAAAGAGAGCGUCAGCAGGAACAGGACCGAGCCGAGAGGGAACAGCAACGCGCUGAAACAGCAGAAAGAGAGCGUCAGCAGGAACAGGACCGAGCCGAGAGGGAACAGCAACGCGCCGAGGAAGCCGAGAACCAGACGCAACCGACAACCCUGGACGAGUACAUCGCUGCCUGCCACAGCCUCGUCUUCUCCCAGCUCAGGGUAGAAAGAGAUAGGCGGCUCACCUCACGGGGUUCCAUCACGAACCCUCGCAACAAGCUGUGCCCAUCUCGCCUCGAGCCCUGGCCGCAGUUUUUGGACCAACAGAGAAGCGUCUUUGACACGAUAUACGAGUGUUUCCCCACCGAGGCCCGGGUUUUCGAGAGCCGAAGCUUCCUGACCGGCCUGGGAAAGAGGGUUUCGCAGCGAUCGAUCGCCGACGAGAAGUCGCUCGAGUACUUUAUGCAUAACAGCGUGGAAGAUCCCGUCCGGGUGAUUGUGGAACAGCUCAAGCAGGUGGAGGAUGCCCGCAUCGCCUUUGAUAUAGGGAGCGGGAUCGUGUUUGAGAACCACCCUCACGUUAUUAGCGACGUCGCCGAAGAAGUGGUGGCUGCUCGAGAGAACGCAUCAACGCCACCGCAAACGCCGCUGCAGACAUCGCUGCCAACACCAAACCAUAAACAGGGUGUUGUGAACCAACUGCGACCUGACCAAAUCUGCGUAUACCGAUCAGAUGACGACGACACGGCGUUAGAGAAGCGGAUAAUGAUCUACGUGUCCGAGUAUAAGGCACCCCAUAAGCUGACGGCUCCGCACCUCCGUGCUGGUCUACGGCAGAUGGACAUUUACAAGGAGGUUGUGAAUCGGAAGACCAUUCCCACAUCUGUGGAUCCGGAGGGGCGUUUUCAGUAUCACGCUGAGAGGCUGACGGCGUCUGCGCUGGCGCAGACCUAUCACUAUAUGAUCGAGGGCGGUCUCGAGUAUGGCCUGAUGACGACGGGCGAGGCGACUGUUUUCCUGAAGAUCGACUGGGACACACCCGAGACGCUGUACUACCAUUUGGCAGAGCCCGGGCCGGAGGUGACGGCGCAUGUCGAAUAUAUGCAGUCCAGUUCGGCGGUGGGACAAUACCUCGCCUUUACCCUGAUGGCCCUGGUGAACCGAGGAGAGCGAGGCGCGCCCGGGCAGGAUAUCCGUGAUCGAGCGAUGGUGGACCUCAAGAGGUGGACAGAAGACUUCGAGACGACCUUACGGUCGAUUCCCGAUGGGGAACGACAAGCGCCGGAGAGCUCGUCGAGCUGGGCGCCAACGACAUACGGGGACGUGGACCGGUCACCAUCCGUGCCUCGAGGGGGGGGCGGGCGCCGACCACCACGACGACAGCCACGGCGGUGGCGGGGUGAGGGGGACGAGCACGAAAAAUAUGCGAUUCGAAGAGAUCAGCCAGAUUCAUCGUCCGAUGAGUCGGGAAUGCGGCCUCCGGAUACCCCCAGCCCUGCCGAACGGCGCAGAAGGCGUGAACAGCAAGGACAGGGCAGCGAAACGGAGCCCCGAAGAAAAGGAGCGGCCCGAGACCGACAGUACUGUACCCAAGCGUGUCUGCUCGGUCUGGUCGGAGGAAGCCCACUCGAUCCGAGAUGCCCCAAUAUCGAAUCCCACAGAUACCCCGACAGUGCACGCCACGCUCACACGCGCCAUCCGCUGCGGCAGUCACUGGAUGCCGGGAUCACGAAGCUGGGAAGACACGGUGCACGAGGGGUCCUGUUCAAGGUGACGCUUCUCGCGUACGGUUACACAUUUAUAUGCAAGGGGACGGUGCAGGCCUUUAUCCGAGACCUCGAGCAUGAGGCGGCAGUGUAUAAGCGUCUCAAGCCGGUCCAGGGUAUCCAUGUGCCCGUCUUCCUUGGGGCCGUCGAUCUUCGGCCGCUAAAGAGGGUCUACUACUACGACCAUCGGGUGUACAUUGUGCACAUGACAUUCUUAUCAUGGGGAGGCGAUGAUGUUGAUAAAAUUGAGCGCAAGUUGCUCGAGUCCCUGCGGGCGAUUCACGAGGAAGGUGUGGUUCACAGGGACACAGACACGGUAAUGCUGGUUGACUUUGAGCCACAGAUGGUGCCUAACAAACAAGUGGCGGGCGGGGAGAAAAGUGGUUACCCAAGUAAUCGAGUUUGGUUUGCGGAGGAUGAUCUGAUGGCGAGCUUUGCGUAUCGAAGAAACCGGACCAUGGUCGAAGGUAGGUAG